AUGGACACGGGAGUCUUAUUCUACGAGAUUGAUCCACCGUACAUCCACGAGGACCCGGUGCGCGGCGAGUAUUACAUCUACUGUGCGUUACACCCCGGCGGACCUGGGGUACUUCAUCCUGAGGAGCAGAUGCCACUUCCACCUGACUAUCCUCCUCCACCUGAACCUCCUCUACCUGAUGAGCCUAUACCUGCCCAGCCUAUCCAUGAGGCACCUCCUACACCUUUUGUCCUUGAUGAGUGGGGUGUUCCUAUGUUGCCACCCGAGCUUGAUCCUUUACCUGAGCCGAUCGAGCCUCCUGUCUUUGAUGAGCAGCAGGGACAUGAGUAUGAUCAGAUCAUGGAGGCGCCACCUCCUUCUCCCAACUGUAUUUUGUUUGGUAGCUAUCCUUUUAUGGUUCCUGUGGCCAGCAGUGGUUCCUCUGCUAUCACUCCGGCAGAAGAAGAGGACGAGGAAGAAGAAGAUCCAGAGGAAGAUCCUAACUUCAUAGUUAUUGAUGAUUCGGAUUUUUGA